AUGACACACAAACCAUCACAUAACCCAGCUCUAUUUGAUUAGUAUAUUUAAUACGAUGGUCCUGAGGGAGAAGGAUUUAGAAUUGCGUAAUCCGAUAGCUCAACCGACAUUUAUAUUGUUGAUGAUUAUGGUGGUUGGGUAGACAAAGAAUUAAAUUACUAUGACAGAGAUGGAGAACCUGCUGGCUAUUUCGAUUAAGAUUACAACUUCUAUGAUAUGAAUGGGUACAGAAUCCCUGGUGGAUACAAGGGAGGAAAAACCAUUGAAAGAGAAAUCAAGAAAAAGUAAAAAUACCUAGAUAGUGUUCCAGACAACUCUAAACAAAAGUUUGUUGUUGAAAUCCAAAAUCUACCCCCAAAUACAGUACCCAUCCAAAUCAUUAAUUAUAUUUUGGAAAGAUGCAAUUUGAAACAGGGUGAAAUUGAAGAGUGCAAAAAAGUAUAGAAAUAAGCUACCAAAGGGUAUGUGGUUGUUACUGGGGCAGACAAAGUCUAGAAAUUGUUGAUUUUGGAAGGCAGAAAAUUUAGAUUGCAAGAAAAAGAUGGCAAGUAUACAAGCAAUGAAAUUCAAAUCUUUGUCAGAGAGGCCAAAUUCAAUAACGGAAAGCAAUUUUCAAAUAAUUCCAACUAUUCCAAAAACAAUCAACAGGAAUAAGUAGAAUAGGAAGAUGAUGGAUAUAAGAUAGCCUUUGAAAAUCUGGAUUCUAAAAAAACUAAUCAAGAAUUCAUCAAUUGGAUUGUUAGUCAAACCAACUGCAAAAUCGACGAAUUUGAAUUAAAAAGACCCAACUAAAAACCUUCAGGGUAACUCCUUUUAUAGAAUGAAAAUCUUAUGUAUUUAAUUUUGAAGUAAAACGGAAGACAAUUUGGCGAUUCCCCUAUUACCUUUAAACAAAUAUCUAAAUAAUGAGAUUUUGAAGAUUGAAAAGUCAUGUGCACGUGUGAUAUAUAAUACAGAUAAAUAAUAAUUAUAAAAAUAAUAUCAUAA